AUGCUUGGCAAUCCUCGACAAGACGCCCUGAGCUUUCGCUCCCUGUCCAUUUUCCGCUUUCUUCCCCUUCUUUUCGUCUUCCUCUGUACCCCUUUUCUCGCGCCCUACUCGGUGGGCGCGCCACCGUUCACGUUUUCAGAAGGCGUUUCGAGGACGCUGCGACAAAAUCCAGUAUGGUUCUCGUUUGACGACACAAGUGCGUUCUCAUAUCUUCCGGUGGGUCUGUCUUUUAGCCCUCCAUCCUUCCCCGGUGUCUUGUCCCGCUUAGCCUCAGCCUCCACGUUUGCUUUUGGCUUCCGCGUCCCUUCUUCGCAGGCGUUGUACUCGUCUCCGCAUUUGCUGUUCCGCUGUCAAGGCUUGUUUCCCUCGGCUGCAACGCCUUCCUCUUUUUUCGGUCACAGACGCCGGAGCUCGCCUCAGAAUGGCGCUGGUAUUCUCUCCUGGUGCUCUCCUGCGGAAACGAAAAGCGCUUCGCCGGCGCAGCGACCUCAUCUUCGAGAACAGAAAUGCAGCGACUCUUUGCGCUCUCCGUCUGAGCCCUACUUUGCGCAUCGCACUUGUUCCUCUGGUGUUGCUGGAUCUGCCUGCCGCGGGUUGUCUCUCUUUUCCUCUUCGUUUUCCUCCUCUCUCUCGACAUGCUCUCGUCACGCAGAAGGCCACCGCGGCUCUAGAGCCGCGGCUCGGCGCCUCCACGCGAGGAGCGCGGGAGAGGGGGAGGGCUCUUCUGCUGUCUCAGGUCCUGCGCCUUCGCAGCCGCGCCGCGCGUUGUCUUCUGUCCUGUUGAGCAACCUGAAGGCCGAGCAGAAGCGUCUGCGCGAGGCUCGGGAAGAAGAGGAAAAGGAACGGGCGCAGGACGCGGAGGCAGAGAAGAAGAGGGAGGCGCGAGCGCGGCUGCGGAAGGCCCGCGAAGCACUUUUGAUCAACAAGAAGAAGCAGAGGAAGGAGACGCACCGAGUGCGUGUGCUUCGCGCGGCCGCCCGUCGGCGCUACUUGGCAGAGAAGCGCGAGCGAAUGGAUCGCGUCUUCCUCGAAGACACGCAAGUGCAGCGAAGCACUGAGCGGAGUCGAGUGGGCGGCGGCGAAGCUAGUCGAGCCAAGAAGGCGAAGGAGAUCCAGAUGCUGAAAGACCUCGUGGAAAGCAGCGCGCUGGUAAUUCAGCUGGAGGCCCACGGCUUGACGCCCAACCAACGCUGGAGCAUCGUCCGCGGCUUGGCUCUCGCUGGAUUCUACAAAGGCUACCGCAUCAAACACGGGAAGAACAGCUACAUGCGCGUCGCGCUCAGAAGGAUCAUCGCAGAGAGAAAGCAGCGACAAGAAAACCAGACGCCCGCCCAGCAGGGCGGCGGCGACGGCAGCGCGGCGGCCUCCUCGCAGAGUCUCUCUUCGCUGGCGCAGGGCUCCACCGCUCCACAGGACGAAGGCAAUCGCGCGGUUGGCCGUACCCAGCGGGGAUCGCUCUUCCCUGCGGCGCUUCUCGGGCAGCCUCCCUCCGCUGUGUCCGCCUCGGAGUCCUCUUCGCUGUCUUCUGCUUCCUCGCCCUCCUCCGCGCUGGCUUGGCGGCCGUCAGUUCGGCGAGUGCGGCGGGACUUUUGGAUCUCGCACAACGAGGAACUGGCGUUCAAAGCUGCUGCGCAUCGCAUCGACAUUUCAGGGAAAAAGGUGAAGCGGGCGCUUGCGCCGGAAGAAGAGGAGAUCUUUGCGGAGCUCGAGGCGGAGGACUCGCAGCAGCAGAGCCGCGUCGCGGCGCGCCUCGAGAGGAACCUGGAGUCCGCAGUCUGGAAGGACGACCCGCGCUUCGCGCAUCUUGCGAUCGGCAUGAAGCCUGGGGGCGUGUGGACGCAGUGGGAAGACGACGAGGAGCUUGACGAGGAGAAGGCCGGGGAGAUGCCGGCCGACUUGAAGGAUGGCGACAUCCCCUACAUGGAGGUCGACGACUGGAAGGAUUUGUUUGAGGACGAGAUCCGCCGCGUUCGCGAGGCGAAGCAGGAAGCGCGCGCGCGCGAGAAGGAGAUGCUCUCCACGAUGCCGCUGGAAGGCGAGGUGACCUCUGUCGCGGAGAACGGAGAAAACAUGAUGAAGUACUUGUCGAAAACGAAUCUGUAUCUCUUCGUCCGCGCGAUGCCGCGGAACGAACAGCGCCUGUCGGCCCUCGUCAGGACGCUCAUAGGCCUGCUGGACGAGAUCGUCUUCGACAACCGCGUCAAACGCGAACGCAAGGGCCCUCCUCCCCGAAAAUAUAAAAGCCAGUGGUACGACGAGGAACUCCUGCCGCAUGUCACGCCCGAAAUCGCCGCCUCCAUGGGCUUCAGUCCGCUGGCGCAGGAUGGGCGCGCGCCCAAGAAAAGGCGGAGCGCGACUGGAAUUCCGCCGGGGAGAGGCUCUAUCAUAGGCGUGACGCAGCGCCUCGCGUCGUCCGUCCAGGCAGUCCCUUCCCUCCUUGCGUCCGCCACGAACGAUCUCGUAGAGCAAAAAAAAUCAACCGAGGUACCUCAGGACUCGGCGAAACCCGACGGGACGAGAUAG